CUUCCCUUUCUCAGCAUUUCCUCUUCGUUCGACUGAUAAUCUCUUUCUUUGUACUCUUUUUUGGCGACUUCUUUGAACUUGGAAGCUACUGACAAUGGCUGAUCGUCCGCAGCCGCACCAGGUGCAAGUGCACCGCUAUGAUCCAACUACUGGCUACAAGGGCCAACAGAAGGGUCCAUCAGCCUCCAAAGUGUUAGCUGUGUUAACCUUUCUGCCGGUUGGUGGUGGUCUUCUAUCUCUCUCUGGCAUAACCUUAACGAAUACGCUCAUCGGGAUGGCCAUUGCCACCCCACUUUUUAUUCUCUUCGGCCCUAUAAUUCUUCCUGCUGCCGUUGUUAUUGGCCUUGCUAUGAUGGCAUUUAUGGUUGCUGGAGCUCUCGGGCUGAGCGGGCUGACGUCGCAGUCGUGGGCGUUGAAGUAUUUCAGGGAAGGUACUGCCAUGCCAGAAUCACUGGACCAGGCGAAGAAGCGCAUGCAGGACAUGGCCGGUUAUGUUGGGAUGAAGACCAAGGAAGUGGGACAAGACAUCCAGAGGAAGGCACAAGAAGGGAAAUGAUAAUAAUGUAAGAGGAAUAAUGUUGGGUUUUUAUAUGAAGGGUUUAUGUUUGUUUGUAUGGGGUCUGCUUCGGGGACUCUUCUUCGUUAUGUUUGUGUUUCUUUACUUUUCUUAAUUUUAUUCUGUCUUUGGAGUUCAAUUGUUAAAUUUCAAUGUGCUUAUCUUGUUUGUUUCA